UGCGCGUGAACGACCUCACGUCCUCAACGAGAAGCAGCACUGCGGACGAGCCGGGACUUCUGUCUGUCCUCUGUUGGUGUUUCGGGUGAAUUUAACGGCUGUGAUCAUGGGUUUCGAGAGGAAAAUGAUCACUUACGACGACCCAGAAGACGAGGAGGAAGAUGCACCUGCUGAAGAGGAGGAGGAAGAAGAGGAAGAAGAAGAGGAGGAAGAUAUGGUGGACCCUUUAGAAACGAUACGAGCCAAGUGCGAACAGACCGAACACUGUGUGCACGCCAAGGAGCGUCUGGAGACGUGUGCAGCCAGAGUCGGCUCCAGGUCCAACACUUUGGAGGAAUGCACAGAAGAACUCUUUGACUUCCUGCAUGCACGGGACCAUUGUGUGGCGCACAAACUGUUCCACAACGUGAAAUAACCUGCCUGCUCAGCUCUCCCCACCAGCAGCUGUAGAGUCUAUUUAACUGCAUACAUUGUAAAAUAAUCAGAGCAGUUCUGUUGUUUUUCCCUGUGUAUUAAUGUAAAUUAGUUUUUUUGGUUCGUGGACUAAAUACUUGCCACCCUCCGGUAUUCAGUGCAUACUUGUGUCGACAAGGACAGAAGCAGUUUGUAAAAUGCGUCACCGCUUGUGUAGGAAAUGAGCGCAUCAAAGUUGUAAAGUUCGUGCUAAGAAAGAGCUCAAACUAUCAUUCUCACUGUGGUCUGUUCACAUGCAAUGCAGGCAUGCUGCUCUGGAGAUGCAUAUUUAUACUCAGGUUUGGUCAGGGAUUCACCGCUCUGACCUAAAAAUAAAGGUUUUCUUUGGUUUCCAGUA